AUGUCGGCCUUUGUGCGCGUCUCUGGACCGCCAAACAGUAACUUCCUGGUGGGCUAUCCAGGCAUCUCAGCAACACUGCCUCGACUAGAAGGCAGAGUCGAGAUACGGCCACUCGUGGGUGUGUCCGCCCCCGUAAAUGUCUCGCUCGUUACCAUCGCAUUGCAUCGGCGUGAAACCAUACAUCCCUCUGCCGACUCGGUCACGAAGAAGCACUUGGCAGCCCCGCGCAAGGAAAUCACCGACAUUGUCGGUAAGGAGAUGCUUUUAUACCGCUGUCAUGCUGGAAGAGAAUACGAGAGCAUACUAUCCAUGGACCUGCCCUUUGUCAUAUUCAUACCAUAUGGGCGAGGGGGCGAGGAGGUAGCGCGGAGAGUCCCGCCCGCAAGCUUACAGCUACCGAGUCGAACGGCUGAGACAUUCUACGAACUGGUUGUGACUUUGCAACAAGGACCACAAGAGCAGAAGAAAUACCCAUUUCCCGUGCCCAUACAACGAUACGAUACCCUCUCCACCUUUGGCAUGUACAACCGACCGGAGAGCGCGGAACGAGUGACGGAUCAUUUGGUCACCUUGGGUAUCAGUCUGCCACGGUGGAGUUAUGGUCCGCUGGAUCCCGUUUCCGUGUACAUCAAACUGAGCCCGAACCCGGAUUGGCUGAGCAAGGCAAAGAAGGUCACAAUACAGAAGAUUACGGUUGGCAUAGAUGAGGAGAUCAUCUUCAAUCACGAGGGCGACGAACCAACACGGAAGGUCAAAACAUUGGCCAGAACGACGCAGGCCGUUGGAGUCAAGAUGCCAGAAGCUGGCUAUUUCACAAACCUAGGACUGGUGUUUCCAGCAAAGGAUGUACGAGAUUCGGACGGCGUAAUACCAAGAGGGAAGAAAGAGUUCCCAAUGUACGCUGUCAAUGGCUUUACCACGACGGGCACGCUGUACAAAAUUGAGUAUUAUCUCACAGUCAAGGCACAGAUGUCGUCAGCGCGAGACAUUCUCCUCCGACAACCCAUUGUGGUAUGUCCAUUUGACCACGCCGGUUGUAAAGAAGAGAUGGAAGCCAUUGAGCAAGCCGCCAAGGACGCCGCACACGUUUCGCCUGAUAACCCAAUGCUACCAGCCAGCACUAUCGUCCGCGCGAACGACCCAGACGGCCUGAGGUCGCUGGGCAUUGCGAUUGUUGGAGGCGUGAGGAAACCCUUGAUCGAGUGA